CUGGAAAAGUGACAAUGAUCCUUCUAUUGGGGAUUUUACAUUUAGUGUACUACCACAGACACCUCCACAAGCCCUCGUUUGGAAGGGAUCGAAACCUCAUUGGAGAAGUGGGCCGUGGGACAAAACAAAGUUCAUUGGGAUACCAGAAAUGGAAUCUGAUUAUCAAAGUGGAUUCACAUUCAUAGAAGGUCUUCAGCCGGGAAUUGCUUAUAUCACUGUUAGUGUCCUCAGGAACUGCAAUUACUCGAUGUUUGUGAUUUCACCAACCGGAGUUUUAAAGUACUUUUGUUGGGUGAAAGUGAGGGGCUGGUAUGCUGAGUGGGAGGCACCUGUCACUCCCUGUGAAUUUUAUGCAGCUUGUGGACCUUUUGGGGUUUGCCAAAGGGAUGAACCAAAUCUAACUUGUAGAUGCUUGAAAGGGUAUGUGCCAAAGUCAGAUGAGGAAUGGAGCAAACGAAACUGGACAAGAGGCUGUAUCAGGCAAACCGAAUUAAGUUGUGGAGGAAACACAAGUUCCAUUAACACUCAAGGAGGAAAACCAGAUGGAUUCUUGAAGAUUGGUGGGUUAAAACUUCCAGAUUUGUCCGACUUCUUGAAGGUUUUUGAUGAAAACGAGUGCCACCAGCGUUGCUUGGAUAACUGUUCCUGCUCAGGUUAUGCAUAUGUAAAUGGAAUAGGGUGUUUGGUUUGGACAGGAAACCUACUGGAUAUGUACGAGUUAUCCUUCGGUGGACAAGAUCUUAAUCUCCGCCUUGCACAUACAGAAUUGGGUGGAAGUGACCAGAAGGCCAAGGUUAAGAUCAUUAUCAGCGUCACUACUGUUUCAAUUAUCCCCCUCAUUGGUGCCAUGAUUUAUUGUUUCAUGAAGUGGAGAACCAGCUUAAGGGUUAAAACAAAUGCUCCAAAUGACACUUCAAGAGAAAAUUCACAACCAAUCAUGUGGAGACGCCCUUCAGAAGAUGAAGAUUCAGUUGAGCUGCCUUUAUUUGAUUUCCAUAGCAUAUUACUUGCAACCAACAACUUUGACAUAGAGAACAAACUCGGGCAAGGAGGCUAUGGUCCAGUUUUUAAGGGAACGCUACAAGAUGGGAAGGAUGUGGCGAUUAAAAGACUUUCUAGUAGCUCCAGUCAAGGCAUAGGAGAGUUCAAGAAUGAAAUGAAGUUGAUCUCCAAACUGCAACACAGAAAUCUUGUCAAACUCUUAGGUUGUUGUAUUGAAAGGGAAGAGAAGAUAUUAAUUUAUGAGUACAUGCCCAAUAAAAGCUUGGACACUUAUCUAUUUGAUCUAGCAAGGAAGGCAAAGCUUGAUUGGACUAAACGCUUUAACAUUAUAAUUGGAGUUGCUCGAGGACUUCUUUAUCUCCAUCGUGAUUCUUGUUUAAGGGUUAUACACAGAGAUUUAAAGGUCAGUAAUAUUCUUUUAGAUGAGAAGAUGAAUCCAAAAAUAUCAGAUUUUGGAUUGGCAAGAAUUUUUGAAGGCACACAAUAUUUAGGAAGCACUCGUAAAGUUGCAGGAACAAUAGGUUAUAUGGCUCCAGAAUAUCUGCUUGGUGGUAUAUUUUCAGAGAAAUCUGAUGUCUUUAGCUUUGGAGUUUUGAUUUUGGAAAUUGUUAGUGGUAGGAAGGCUAAUAGCUUCAACUAUGAUGGACAACACAUGAGUCUUCUAGCUUAUAUGCAAAUUGUUACAGGCAUGGCAAUCUUGGCUUGCAAGCAAGGGUGUACAAAUGAUAGAUGAGGCAUUGGCGGACUCAUUUUCCUCAUCGAAAGUAAGCAGAUGUGUGAAUAUUGGACUUCUUUGUGUACAGGAUGAUGCUGCUAAUAGGCCAAGCGUGGCAGU